AUGGAAAAUGGCUUCAAUCCCUACUAUCCGAUUCUUUUGCACGCUCUGAACAAAGAAGAGGCGCCAAUCCACCAAAACAUAGAGAUAUACAAAGAGUGCUUGAUUAACGAAACAGAAAUUAACCACAAAGCAAUCAGCGAGCGCGAUGAGUUUCCAUACUGUCUGUGCAGCCUCCCAUUGCCCAUUCUGAAAAAGGCCACAGAGAUAGAGUAUAUAACGCUAACCCCAAAAUCCAUGCACAUAGGGCUAAUAACUUCCUGCGAAUCCCCAAAGAAAAAAAGGCCCACGGAAAAUUGCGCGGAUACGGCUUCUCGCGUUCUUCGGAGGAAGAGAGUUACUCUUAAGUGCAGCUGCAAGACCAUCAAAAAGAUGGACUGGCACAGCUGUGAGUGUAUAAAGCUAGUGGGGCUGCUGACAGACUACAAAUUCAAGCUUCUAAGCCAACAUCGCCUGCUCGAGUCUAUAUUUUCCCAGGCCCCAGAAAGCAAGGAGCUCGAUGCCGAAAAAAUCGCCUCUGAAAUGCUCCUGUCAGACGCCGACAUUAUGGCAUGCGUGAGCAAAUACAUCCCCGACAACAAAGUAAAAGAGCUGCUUAUGUCGCAAACCGCCACCCCAGAGCAGAGCGAGCUGUUCUCAAGGAUAUUAAGAGAGACCAGGAAAAAAAGAAGCUAA